AGGGGAUUUUCCCAUUUUAUGCGGCCCAUCUUGAAAAGUCGGUAGGGAGUCAAAAGUGAACCCACCCACCGCACGGACACGUUUUUGCUUUUCUAAGGACCAAAAAAUAAACAAAUAAAGCAAAACAGAGAAAACAGAGGAACACAAAAAAAUAAAUAAAUAAAUAAAUAAAUAAAUAAAAUCAAACUCUGUUUUCCAAAAUUUUCAACAGGAACCUAAAGAAGCUUGGCGACUACAGUGAAGAAAGUCAUCAAAACCUAGGUCUUUUCCAUGUAUCCUUCCUCAAUUUCUCUGUUCUCCUUUUCUUUUCUUCUCUUGGUAAACUCCAUCAAUAGCAGAGGCCCCAUCUCGCCCCUGUUAUCACACUAAUCCCCCAAAAUCAAACAUGGCGGAGGACGCUCCUAAGCCGGCGGAGAUCAAAGAUUUCCAGAUUGUGGUUUCGACCAAAGACGACGACGGAAAUGGAAACAGUAACACAAAUAAGAAGCAGCUCUUGGGGCCCAAGAGGAGUUCAAACAAGGACAGGCACAAAAAGGUGGACGGCCGAGGGAGGAGGAUAAGGAUGCCGGCGCUCUGUGCGGCCAGAAUUUUCCAGUUGACGAGAGAAUUGGGUCACAAGUCCGACGGAGAGACAAUCCAGUGGCUGUUACAGCAGGCGGAGCCGUCGAUCGUGGCGGCCACUGGCACCGGGACGAUCCCGGCGUCGUUUCUCGCGGCGUCGGGGUCAUCUGUUUCGGAACAGGGGGCCUCUGUUUCGGUGGGACUGCACGCAAAGCUGGAGGAGCUCGGAUCCGGAAUUGGGUCCCUGAGUAGGGCCAAUUGGACCAUGAUGAGCGCGAAUUUGGGCAGAUCCCAUUUGUGGCCCUCCGUGACCGGGUACGGGUCUGGGUUCGUUCAUGGAUCUAGUGCUCCGCCUGCGUCAAAUUUGGGAGUCGAGACCUCUAGCUUUCUGCAGAAAUUGGGGCUCCACGGGUUUGAAUUCCAGAAUAUGAAUCUGGGUUCUGUAAAUUUUCCAACGAUGCUGAGUGGGAACGGUAAUCAGCAGCUGCCGGGUUUGGAGCUCGGGCUUUCUCAAGAUGGGCAUGUUGGGGUUUUGAAUCCGCAAGCUCUAAGUCAAUUUUACCAGCAGAUGGGGCAGAGCAGGGGAGCUGGUAGUUCUCUGAAUCAUCAGCAGCAGCAGCAACAGCAGCAGCAGCAGCAAUCUGAUAAGGAUGAUUCUCAGGGGUCAAGGAAGUGAGUGGAGUUGAAAAUUGAGAAAUUAAGAAAGGGGUUUUGGAGGGUUUUGGGUAUAAUGGGAAAAGGAGGUGAUGAAUGAUGGAUCUCUUAUAUAUGGUGAAUUGUUGGGUGUGCAUGUGAGAAUUAGGGUUUAAGGGAGGUAUUGAAUUCAUUUUUAAGCAGUGUAGAGUAGACAGCACAGUAGCACAGUAGAAAGAAAUUUUUGCUGCUGGGACUGCCACUAGUUUAGCUCCUCUGCAGGUUUAUUAAUUAAACCUCCGAUCACAUGGUGGAGUGGGAAGAGGGCAGGGAAGAGGAAAAAUGCUUGGAUUGCUUGCUUACCUUUUUUAGUUUUCAAUUUAGAGGUGUGUUUGUUUGAAUCUCUGUUUUUUUUUUCAAGUAUUUGAAUGGAGUGGUGACUAAAUGUGCUUGCUAGUGA